GAGGAAGGCGGGGGGGAGGGGGGGGUAAGAUGGCGGAGCUGGGCAAGAAGUACUGCGUGUACUGCCUGGCCGAGGUGAGCUCCCUGCGCUUCCGCUGCACCGAGUGCGCCGACAUCGAGCUGUGCCCCGAGUGCUUCGCCGCCGGCGCCGAGAUCGGGCCGCACCGGCGAUGGCACGGCUACCAGCUGGUGGACGGCGGCCGCUUCACGCUGUGGGGCGCCGAGGCGGAGGGCGGCUGGAGCAGCCGCGAGGAGCAGCUGCUGCUGGACGCCAUCGAGCAGUUCGGCUUCGGGAACUGGGAGGACAUGGCUGCGCACGUGGGAGCCUCCCGCACGCCGCAGGAGGUGAUGGAACACUACGUCAGCAUGUACAUCCACGGCAACCUGGGCAAGGCCUGCAUCCCCGACACGAUCCCCAACCGGGUGACGGACCACACGUGCCCGAGCGGCGGCCCGCUUUCUCCGAGCUUGACAACGCCACUCCCACCGCUGGAUAUUUCGGUGGCCGAGCAGCAGCAGCUGGGCUACAUGCCGCUUCGGGACGACUACGAGAUCGAGUACGAUCAGGAUGCCGAGACUCUGAUCAGCGGCCUCUCGGUGAACUAUGACGACGACGACGUGGAAAUAGAGCUCAAACGAGCCCACGUAGACAUGUACGUGAGGAAACUCAAGGAGAGGCAGCGGCGGAAGAACAUUGCACGAGACUAUAACUUGGUGCCCGCCUUCCUGGGGAAGGAUAAAAAGGACAAGGAGAAAACGCCCAAACGAAAGAUCACAAAGGAAGAGAAGGAGCUGAGGCUGAAGCUGAGGCCCCUGUACCAGUUCAUGUCCUGUAAGGAGUUUGAGGACUUCUUUGAGAACAUGCACAAGGAGAGAAUACUUCGAGCGAAGAUUCGGGAGCUGCAGCGGUAUCGCCGCAAUGGAAUCACCAAAAUGGAGGAGUCGGCAGAGUACGAGGCAGCCAGGCACAAACGGGAAAAGAGGAAGGAGAACAAAAACAUAGCCAGUUCCAAGAGGGGGAAGGAAGAUGGUAAAGAAGGUGAAUUUGCUGCCAUUGAAAACCUGCCUGGCUUUGAACUCUUAUCGGACAGGGAAAAAGUGCUCUGCAGCUCUCUAAACUUGAGUCCUGCACGUUACGUGACUGUGAAAACCAUCAUCAUUAAAGACCAUCUUCAAAAAAGACAAGGAAUCCCUUCAAAGAGCCGCCUUCCCAGUUACUUAGAUAAGGUACUGAAGAAAAGGAUUUUAAACUUUCUAACAGAAAGCGGGUGGAUAUCCCGAGAUGCUUCAUGAAACUCUUCCGAGAAAUCGCGUCAGAGGCCCCAUUGCAGCCUCAAGGACUCCGUUAUUUUUUUCCUGCCCUCCCCAAAGAUACAGAAAUUUUCUCAUUCAAAACAGGCAAAAAAAAAAAAAAAGGCAAAAAAAAAUCCAUAAUGUUCAUGGUCCAUUGUUCAAGUAGACUUUUGCUUUGGAUCAUGAGAAAUGCUUACUCGUGACACUUCUCAGUUAGAUUUCGUUACUCGUUAGAGUGCUUUGCUUUGGGUACAUCGUUAGAACAGAUCUCUUCCGUGGGAGCUUACUCAAGUCCAAUGGUCCCAGGGUAGACCUGUUACUGUUGGACAAACGAGUGUCAGUGUAGCCCUUGCUUUUUUAUUUUUUUGAAGGUGGGAAAUGGUUUCCAGCAAACGAAAUUGUUUUCUCCCCGUUGUUUUUGGCAUAAUGCUGGCAGCAAAGCAGAACUUAGGAAAGUCCUGGGCUCUCAGGCACGGUGAGCAGGGAUCUGUGUGGCCGCUGCUAAGCUGUCAGAGUGUUCUCCUUAGUAACUACACCGGGGUGGUGGGACAGGGGGCGAGAGGCUCUGCAGGGAUGAGUCGUGCUGGGGGGCGGGAAGGAAGGACGGCGGUAGGUGAGGUGCCUUUGGGUGCUUGUGCUGUGAGAAGGGUUGUGGGGGAGCUGCCUUUGCACCCGGCUGCUCUGGCUGUAGGUUUGGUGUGAAUUGUUGCCGAAACACCCCGCGGAGAGCUUCAGUGUUAUGUAGCAAAGCUGCAGGAGUGCGAGGCAGCUGUGGUGGUGCUCUGCUCUGGGGUCAGCGCUGCUGCAAAGUGUUGGGUUCUGGCCAGAAAGGUGGUGCAGGUGAGCAUGCAGGUAACUGGCUCACAGCUUUUGGGAGCCUCAGGCAGCAAAAAUCACUGUUAGCUCCUGCUGGGGGAGCCUCCUCCUUUGGUGCCUGGGGUUUCUGAGCACAGGUGGGCUGAGGAUACGUAGCUGCCUCCUGAAUUUGGUCAGGAGCUACCUUCUCUAGCUCCUAGUGACCCCCAAGAUUGGUUUUUAGAAACAAAACUAAGUGAUUUAGAUCAAAACGCACAGCUGCUGUGCUCCUGAAGCACAGAAGUGUAACUCAAGCCAUUCCUGGCUUCUCAUUGCACACACUGUGAAAUGCAUUGGGCUAAACGUGCUGAGGUUGAAACCGUCAAUGUGCGGCUGGCAGAGCGGUGGUGUCAGCGUGCUGCAGAGGUAGCGGCGCGCUCGGCAGGGCGCUGUGAGCUGUCAGAGGGCUGCAGAGCGAGCCGGGUGCCGGCAGCAGGCGCGAACUUGCAGCGUAGCAGAGCGCAGGGCGGCACCGCCUGAGCCGCAGCAGUAUGUCAGCAGUAUGUGCCGAGUAAAGGAGCGAUGUUGAAGGAUGACUAGGAAAGGAUUCUUAGCCUCACUUAAUUCUUAAGGUCCUGUGCUGGCAUUUACCCAAAUGAAUAAUUAAAAAAAAAAAAACAAACAAGUUGAUGCUGUCCAGAGCAGGAAGCGGUGACGGAGAGGCCAGCUGGGCAGCUCUUCUGGAGUGUGAUGUGCCAAAAAAUGGAACCUGACAGAGUUCAGAACAAAUGCACACACUGGAAAUGCAAUCUUGUGUGGCUACCUUGGGCUGUAGUCAGUGAGGAUAUCGUGAAACCUUAGAACCAGUAUUAAUGCUGCACCUUGCCAGAGGCACGCUGACCAGAAAGGGUCUUCAGUUAGCAGAGCCAGCAGCGUGAAGGCAGCGUUAGCAGGGGGUUCAGAACAGAGGGUACAGAUACAAAGCCAGCGUUUCCAAGGAGAAACACAAAACCAAACUCUAGUGCCUUUUUCUUUUGAGCUUGUUAUAUUCUGUCCCUUGGAAAAGGAAAGGGCUAUGUCCUCUCUGAUGUCACUUCUUGUUUGGCUCACCUGUGGGCUCCCUGAGGCAGACCCGUGGCAGGGGUGUAACUGCCCGCGCGUGCUGAGCAGCUUCACCAACACGCGCGUACAAGGAGCACACAAGCCAAGUUCAGAAGGUGUAAACCAAGAUUUCCUCUGGCCUACUCCCGUGGAAAGGAAGGAAUCCUUUCUAGGACUGUAGUUAUGCAAUGUGGUUCUUCCCGCACCCCGUUUCCCAGCUGCCAUAACACUGGUGGUGGUCGGGAGCCUCAGCUCUGUGUGGCUGGGAGCUUAAAAGAAUUGUGGGUCUUCUGAUUUUUUUUUUCUCAAAUAUAACUUUUAUAUUUCUAUAGUGCUUCGGCACACCUAAGUCUAACUGAAGCAAUAGCCUGAUGCCAAUCUGAACAAUAACUUAAAAAACAAAAAACCUAGGCACCAAUGAGUCAUUUAAAUGCUGUAGAAAUUAAUUCUGUGCUUACACUUUGCUUAAUUCCUCAGCCCCUCCAAAAUGUUUCUUUGGUGCUAGACGUAACUUAUUGAACAUCAGAAUGAAUGUAAAAUAAAAGUAUUUUUAAUGUAUGAAAUAUGGAUAUCAAUAUUUAUUUUAUACUUGCAAGCAAAUUCAAGGUGGUAAAUGUUUGCUUUAGCAAAUGCUGCUCCCUUGGAAAGGGCUUCCCUAGAAGCAAUGUCUCAGUGUCAGCUGUGCUUUUAAUUUUAAAGGUGACUUGCACUAGAGGAUGCUGCUGUUCCAUAUUUUCACGUGGAACCGAUUUAGCCUAAGCAUUCCUUCGUUAUGAGCUGCUGUUUUGUUUUCUUCAGUUGAGAUGCAGUUAUCUUAAUCCAGCAAUUGACUCGAGCUCUGCUGCUUCUCUUGUGUGGUGAAGGGGCUGAGAACAACCACGGCAAACGCUCUUCAGCUUGUCUCUUGUGUUUAUCAGGAAGCCUUUCCUGUAGUGUACAAAUACUCCAGGCUUCAUGUGGCUAAUGAAAAGGUGUUUGAUAUGCUUACCUCUUGACUAUUUUCCUGACUAAAAAAUUUCCUAAUGCUAAUACCUGCCUAACAGCAUUGAUGUAAGGCUAUGAAAAAGUGCCAGUCCAUCAGCUGUUCAGAACAGCAGUCUUCUGCUACUGGUCGAGGCAGCAGUAAUUGUUUGGCUGCUGGUCACUUCCUUCCAUCAGUCCAGUGAUGCUUUACAGCACUAUUUGCUCACUAAUGAAGGAGCAGUAACCUCUGUGCUCUGUGUGCGACCCAGCCCAAAGGGCUCGUUAGGCAGUGUGCUGGAUGCAGACCUCCUGCCCUAUGUCCUGCCCGGUCCCAGCAAGCACUAAGAACUCCACAAGUGGGUUUGCACCAGUCUUGGACCACAAACAGCCUCGUUAAUCACACAACCUAAGCACUCUGCCAUUAUUCUCUUGUGUGGUGGCUGCAUCAAAUUUCUUUGCGACUGUAACUGACUUCCUUAGCCUUUUGGUUUCCUAUUCUUUCUUGCAAAAUGUUUUUUGCAUGUGCCCCGGUUGCUCUUAAGCGAUGAUGAAUUAAAAUACUGUGAAGGAAGGCACCUGGUGAGCACUUUAAGUUCAUCAGCUGCUUCCUUAAAGGGAAUGUUGCACUCAUUUGAGUGGUGUACUGGUGUCGCUGUGCCAGACACACAAAUGCCUGUGCUGAAAUCAUGUAAAACCUAACUGAUGUUGUGCGCACUCAGCAUUUUACUAGGUUUUUGCAUUGUAUAUUGGUAAAUAAACUUGUAUUAAAAUUUCUUUCCAUCAUUGAUUUCAUGGCAAUGUAGCUUGUAUUGCAAUGAUGAAAAUCACUAAAACUUUCCCAGCUGUAAAUAGAGAUGCUUUUAGCUAAAUGGUGGUGGGCAGAGAAAUGAUCUUGCUCAAUCAGCUGAGCCAGAAGUAGUGGCACUGGCAGCUUUGUGAACUGCUCUUACGCUUGAGCUUCAGAACCACCUGGGCUUUGGUUUCUUCAGUGCCUCCAACCUGUACGCUGCUGUACAGCGGUGGUCUGAGCUCUUGCUAAAGGUUCUCCUUACUGACAGCCUCUCAGAAGGGGCAGACUGAGGGAAAGGAACAAGUCAGCUCAGCUGCUAUUAAAGAUACGAGUUUGAGUCUUGUGCUGAACCUUUACCAGUAAGUUGUGUUCAACUAUACCUUGAAUUAAGUAAUGUAGGCAAAAAAAGACAUUAAGAGGUGCUGGAGCUCACUGACAAGAUCUUGAUUUGCUGGGGAAGAACCUGGUCCUUUGCCUUAAUUGUCCUGCUGGAAGAAUCUGCACUGAAGAAGUUAAAUUUAGUUUAGGUAAGAGUGGGUUUUGUUUGCUUUUAAAAAGGUACAGAAGUUAAUGCUGGUCCCUUAAGGGCAUGUCACAGCUGAACACAGGUUCCAGCCUCCAUCCUCUAUCCCACAGCCACAGCUGGGAGGAAGUUACUACCAAAUUCACUUCAGCUGUAUGGAAUCCCUUUCUCCUGUAGUUUUAUAUGUAAUCUUUGCCUUUUCAUCUCUGUUCUUGAUUAGUUUAAGAAGUUAACACUCAAGCUGUCUUCACAGUCACCAAAAAUUAUUCUCCCUCCCCUAUCCAGUCAAAGCAUUGAUUUUGUUAGUUGAGAAAGACUAAGUGAAUUCCCAAGCGUGAUUAACCCCAAAACAGCUGUAUGCACUUUGGCUGUUCCUAGUUGCCUGUCUGGUUCUCAUGAGGCAAACCAGUACUGGAAAAAAAAUAAUCACUUCUCACUAUGAAUAGGUGUAGUAUUCGGUGAACUGUUGGCAACUCUGCACCUGAAUUUUAAAAAAUAAAAAAAUACUAGAGCCUUAAACUAAGAAGCUCCUUAAUCCGAGACAGCCAGAAGCGAAGGUGAAAAAUUCAGAAGUACUUACUGUUUGUUUACCAGAUCCUAAAUAAGGUGCAUAACUUUGAUGUUUGUCUUGUGUGUUAAACACCUGGACUUUGAAGCUCUAAGAGGACAGACACUUUGUCAGCUCUGAUUUGCCAAGUCCCAUCCACUCCGAUCCAGGUGACCAGACAGAUGCAGAACAAAGUACUCUGUUAAUCACUGUAUUGUAUUUUAGGCUGAUUCUGCACAACUGGGAGCAGCAGGUAGAAUUAAAUGUGGCAAGAGCUGCAUGUGGGCAAAGUUCUGUUGCAGCCUAAGACCCAAGAUGAAUAAAUGAAAGAAAUGGAGAUGAAACCAUUCACAUUUGUGUUUGAGCCACUUACAUGCAAUUAUUUAUGUAAUUCUAAAAUAUAGUAGGUACCAAACUCUCGGCUAUUCACUUCUAUAGGUAUUCUAUAUAGGUAUAUUUCAGCAGGGUUUUACCUACAGUUUGCAUAACAAACUGAUUAUAGAGCUUGGAAGUUACAGGACUAUCAAAAUUGUUUAAACCAAUUUAUACAAUAUUAAAUUAAAAAUCCAGAGAUAGGAUAAGUUCUAUUGGUUCUUCAAUGCCAUACAAGUAUUAGAUGGUUUUUGUGAGUCAACUUUACUGGAGAACUAAUAGGGUGGAACAAAGCAUGUCUGCUCUCCACUGCCUUUUAUUUACAGGUCAGAAGUCACAAAGGUUUCAGUUUCAGAUGUUGAGAGACUAUUUCUGAAUUGGCAUUCUUAAAAAAAAAAAAAAAAAAAA